AUGUUCAUGUAUUCCGCGCAUGACGUGAACGUGGCCUGUGUCCUCACCACGCUGCAGGUCUACAACGGCCUAGCGCCGCCGCUGGCCAGCUGCCUGCUGGUGGAGCUGCACUCGGGCCCGGACGCGGGGCCGCUGGUGCAGCUGUUCUACAGGAACGACAGCUCCACGGAGCCGCACCAGCUGCAGCUGCCCGGCUGCGACGUCAGCUGUCCGUGGAGCAACUUCGUGCGCCUGACCGAGAACGUGGUGUUGGCCUUGGUGGUGGUCGGUCAGCUGCUGCUGGCCAUGGGCCUGAACUUCGGCAUGAAUAGCAUCACCCUCAUCCAAGUGCCGGACGAGCCCGACAGCUUCCUCAGCGCCGACCAGCUCAACUGGUCGAUCGCCGCCACCUCGCUGGGCGCCAUGCUGGGCGGCCUGCUGGGCACACUGGUGGCGCCUGUGUUGGCCCUGUUGAACUUCAUGGUGUACCUGGGCCAGGUGCUGGCGCUGGCCGUGGCGCCGUUGCUGCACUGGCAGGUGCUGUUCAUCGUGGUAGGCGUGGUGCCUGCCGCACUUUGUCUCUUUGGUCUCGUUUUCCUGCCCAACUCGGCCAAGUGGUUGCUCUCGCGAGGCCACUCGGAGGAGGAAGCCGUGCGUUCUGUCCAGUUUUUCCGUGGUGUGCAGGAAGACGUUUCCUCUGAGAUACGAAGCAUCCACGACUCGCUGCAGCACGCGCAUGUGGACGGUGCCGCACUGCCUGUGUGGACGCUGCUGUGUCAACAGGGCACGUGGCGCCCGCUGCUACUGGCAUCCGUCCAGAUGGUGUUGUAUGCUUGGUGCGGCGGCUGCACACUGGUGCUCAUCACCGCCUUCGUGCUGGCACCGGUGCAUCUACCGCUAAGCGAGUACCAGCGAGCCACGCUGCCGGCCGCGCUCGCCGCGCUCGUCUCCGUCCCCGGCGGCAUUAUUAUUGAGCGAUACGGCCGGCUGCCGGUGCUGCGUCUGGGCGGCGCGCUCUCCGCCAUCGGCUGUGCCACGAUCGCCGCGUACUUCUUCCUCGCCGCCGAGUCCCAGGAGCGCCUCGGCUGGAUUGUGCUGGCGGGCGCCGGCCUGACGCAGGUGGCCUUUGUUGGCAUGCUGGGCAACGUCGCAUCCAUCUACGCCACUGAGCUGCUGCCCAACAAGACGCGCGCCUGGGGCGCAAACAUCGUGCUUGCGGUGCUCAGCAUGGAAGGAGACAGCGCGCCCGAUGGGACGAUGGAGCACUUGGCAGAUGACAGGCGCCCGGAGUAA